AUGGGGAAUAACUCAACACCAGUGCAUCAGUCAGCAGUGCAGUUUCCCUGCAGUGUGGGUCCCGUGAGAACUUCUGACUGUGCUGCGUUCGAGCUGUUCUUCGCGGACAUUAGGGUUGGUCUAUUGGGCCUGUGUGAGGCAGGAAACCUGCUGCUGGCUGUGAAGGACUUGCACACUCAAGGGCAGCUGACGUUCCACCUCCCGCGUCCUGUGGGACGUUGUGAGAGGACUGCGGGGACGUCACGUACUGGAGUCGCACUUGUGGUGAUAGACCGACGAGCCCCCGUGAGGUCCGGGUCCUCAGUUUACCCGAAGCAAAAGUGCUUCUUGUUUUCCUUCCUUUCUGGAUGUAAGUGCGCCCUGCUAGUGAAGCGGCGGGACUCGCGGGCUUGUUUUCAGUGUGAAGCGGCCGAGCGGCCCAGUGGCGCUGACAGCGCCUCGGACGUCGCCUCGGACGUCGCCUCGGACGUCGCCGCCUCGGACGUCGUCGCCUCGGACGUGGGGCUUCCCCGGCCAGCUGCGUUCAGCAGCUGUGGACGUGUCACUCGGGGACAGGCUUAUGAAGUCUUCCGCCAGCCCGUCGCCCCGUUCCUGCGUGCAGCAGUGAGUUGCGGUCAUCGGGGUGGGUCCGAGUGUCGGGACAGCGCCGUGCGGCGCGUCUUCUGUGACCUCAUGGGCGUGGAGCGGAGAGCGCGGAGGGCCGGGUGGCCGCCCUGCCCCGCGGCCUGCGAGCCCACGCGCUGCCCGCCGCUGCCCACCUGCGCGCCGGGGACGACGCCGGUGCCCGACCGGUGCCGCUGCUGCCGGGUGUGCGCCUCGGCCGAGGGUGUCGCGCCGCGUCCCCGCCUGCGCGCGCUCCCGGCCAAGCCCGCGCACGAGGGCGACUCCGGGGACGCAGGGACCGGAGGCGCCGGCCGGCCCCGGAGCGAGCACAACUUCCUCGCCGCCGUGGUGGACAAGGUGGCGCCGGCCGUGGUCCACCUGCAGCUGCUCCGCAGGUCACCUCUCGGCAGCCAAGACAUUCCUGCGUCCAGUGCCUCUGGGUUCAUAGUGUCGCAGGAUGGGCUCAUUGUCACCAACGCACACGUCCUCGCGAGCCAGCAGCGGAUCCGCGUGGGGCUGCAGAGCGGGGUGCAGUACGAAGCCACUGUCGCGGAUGUGGACCGUAAACUGGAUCUUGCGCUGGUUAAGAUCGAGCCGCAGACUGACCUUCCUGUACUGCUGCUGGGAAGAUCCUCUGACCUGCGGGCUGGAGAGUUCGUGGUGGCCUUGGGCAGCCCGUUUUCUCUGCAGAACACGGUGACCGCAGGGAUUGUCAGCACUACCCAGCGAGAGGGCAGAGAGCUGGGGCUGAAGGAUUCGGACAUGGACUAUAUCCAGACUGACGCCAUAAUUAACCACGGGAAUUCCGGGGGGCCCCUGGUGAACUUGGAUGGGGAUGUGGUUGGCAUAAACACGCUGAAGGUGACUGCGGGAAUCUCCUUUGCGAUUCCUUCAGAUCGAAUCAAACAGUUCUUGGCAGAAUACCACGAGCGCCAGCUGAAAGGAAAGGCUCUUUCACAGAAGAAAUACCUGGGUCUGCGAAUGCUGCCCCUCACUAUGAACUUUCUCCAAGACAUGAAAAGGCAGGACCCAGACUUCCCUGAAGUGAGUUCCGGGCUUUUUGUGUAUGAAGUGAUUCAAGGAACAGCCGCUGAAAGGUCUGGGUUGCGAGACCACGAUGUAAUUGUCGGCAUAAAUGGGCAACCUGUUACUACCACAAGUGAUGUUACUGAAGCUGUUAAGGACAAUGAUUCCCUUUCCAUCGCUGUUCGUCGGGGAAAUCAAAUUUUAUUUCUGACAGUCACACCUGAAAUAAUCAAUUAAGUAUCUUGCUUUAAAGAGAGAUUAUCUAACAAAACCAAAGUUAUAUCACCUGGUUUGUAUUGAAGAUGUGCCAAAGAUGGCGAGAGGCUUUAGCAUUCUCUUUCUUAUAGAGAAAAAUAGAUACUUUAAAUACACAUAUAUUCAGGGAUCACUAGGUUGGGGGUGCUAUACUGCGCUAGGAAGACUCACUAAGCCAGGUGGAAGGAGGACACGGUGUCAGGCGGUCAGGGGAGCUGAUAAAAUCUUAUUUAAAGAAAGGAAACCAAAAACAGGGACAGUUUCUAAUUUAACCUUGAUAGAGGGACCUUUUAGUAUUUUGAACCUUCUCUAUAGCCACAAACUAGAUAUAACACACACAUACAUACAUAGAUGUAUCCACCAAAUAUUAAGAAACAACCUGAAUCCAGAGGGCAAAGGUACUCACAUUUUUAAUAAUACUCUUUAAUCAGUUUUGCAGGUUGUAUCACAUUUGGCCAGGGGUUGUGGAUGUAGAGAGUGGGAAUUGUUUAGAAGUCAAAUUGAAACUGACAAUUGCCAGUUGUCACACAGGAAUGUUACUAAUCAUUCUUCAGUUAUUGUCCUAGCAGUGGAAACAGCUUUGGUCUCCAACAGCUGUUUUGUGAGAAAGUCUUCUUCUAUAAAAUAGCUUCUUCAAUCAUUUAUAUAGACUUCUGGCUUUUUACUCAAGCUCUUCUUCCUGGCAACAUUAAUUAAUGAUUUCAAGUCUUGGAGCUGCCAAAGAUUUUUAUUUUUAAGAAAACAACUUCUGAUGGGGUUUGUGAAUAUCCUGAGGGAGAUUAAAAAAAAAAAAGUGCAAUGAGGCAGAAUUUGUGUCUUAAAGUAGUAUCUUAUUUUGGGUAAGACUUUAAUUUUAGUUUUUGUUUUCCAGACUUCCCUUAGAAG